AUGACACCGAAUACAAACUACACCGAUAUCUAUUCAAGGACUUUGACCUGGCAUUUUACCAGCGCCAGAGGAAGGAAUCGCUCGACCGGUUCCUUUCGAUGCUUUACUCCUCCGAAUCUGAUUACGUCGAGCAUGAAUGCCCAACUGCCACGGACUGGAUCUCCGUACUCGAAGUUGCCUACCCGCGACAUCCCAAGAUUGUACGGCUCGCCAUUCAUCAGCUGUCGUCUCCUGCCAUAUGUAUUUGGCGCGCUUUCUGUUGUUGAGACGCUGCAUCUCAGCCAGACGUACAACAUUAAGGACUGGUUCGGACCCGCAGUUCGACGGCUGGCACUCCGUGCAGAGCCGCUGACGGUGGACGAGGGCAAGCGGCUGUGGGUCGAGACGUCGAUGAACAUCGGCAUUAUCCGACAUAAAGUGUGCGGAGAAGAUGGGGAAGUUGAUCGAAAAACAAAUAUGGCCGAGAAACAAAUGCUAGUCGAGUGGAAGAAACGAAGACGGUAG